AUGGCUACAAUCAACCCUAACCCCGUUGUGGUGCCCGACGAUGAAGUGCUGAUACCUGACCCAACGACGCACGAUGGGGAUUCUUCAAUUGGACAUGACACUGCAUCAUCAACUCAAAGUGUGUCAAGCUCCAUUGUAGACUACAGACGCGAAAACGGCAGGACGUAUCACCGAUACAAGGAUAGAAAAAGCGAUAGGCUAGACUUACAACACCAUUUGUUCCUUCUUACCUUCGACAACAAGCUUGGUCUUGCGCCACCAAAUCGGCCUGGUGCAAAGGUCGAAACAAUUCUCGAUGUGGGAACUGGGACAGGUGUCUGGGCUAUGGACUACGGCGAUGAGCAUCCAGAGGCAAAGGUCAUUGGAAUCGAUCUUUCCCCCAUUCAACCAAACUUUGUCCCCAUAAACGUCGAAUUUCUCAUUGACGAUAUUGAGGAGCCGUGCAGAAUGAUGACGUCGAGCAUCGCAAAAUGGCCAGACUAUCUACGAGAUGUUUAUGAAAACCUCUCCCCGGGUGGCUACUUUGAGAUGCAAGAGAUGGAUCUUAUGACAAACUCAGAUGAUGGUACCCUGCGUGAUGAUCAUGCUCUUUUCAAGUGGCUUCGGCUCUUAGGUGAAGCAAUGGUAAAGCUUGGCCGACCAUUUCAGGACAUGAUGAGUUUGAAAGAGAUCAUGGCCGAGGUCGGGUUUGUUGACAUUGUCGUGACCUCUUUCAAGUGGCCGACCAAUACUUGGCCUCGAGAUCAGAAACACAAGGAGCUCGGGGCGUGGAAUAACGAGAACAUAUCCAUUGGACUUGAAGGCCUAACUAUGGCGCCUUUGACAAGGGCCCACGGCUGGACCCAGAAAGAGGUUCUCGUCUUUCUGGCCGACGUGAGGAAAGACUUGAAUGAUAAGGCAAUCCACGCUUACUGGCCGAUAUAUUCGAUCUAUGGGAAGAAGCCGGAGGCCUAACUUUGCACGCCAACCCAUAUUAAAUUGUCAGGGAUUAUUUUAUUUCCAGGAAUCUCGCCGGUUCGCGAGACUUGCUCCGAUUUGUGCUGCACAAUCUAGGACUAUUUCGCGCAUUCACUUUGUAGCGGGGAUUGUCAAUUAUCG